AUGGCGUCCACAGAUAUGAUCCUUUCGGUUGUGGCCCUCAUCUUCUUCGCCAUAAUGCUCGUCCAAUUCACAUACCGCUUCCUCCAAUCCCGCUGGUCAGUCUACGCCUACAUCAUGCUCUUCACCCUCAUCCGCAUCGCCGCCUUUGGAAUCCGCGCCUACCUCGACUCCAACCCCACCAACCUCUCCGUCAGCACGUACACCAACCUCGUGGUCAUUGAGUUGAUCCUUCUCUCCAUCGGUGUCGUAUUCAUCAUGAAACUCCUCGUACAGCUUUAUGGAUCUCUGCUGCCAAAGCUUCGUGCUCAAGAAUCCAACGCGGGGCCAGACUUGUUUGAGAGGAUCGUCAUUGAAAAGACUCGAUUCGUCCUCCUCCCACUCGUCAUCCUCGUCAUCGUCGGAGCCGUCGACUCGACACCAGGUCACUCCCAAUCCGACCUAGACACGGGUCUCAUCCUCCGUAAAGUCGGAAUCUGUCUGUUGUGCAUCCUCGGAUUCUGGUACCUCUUUGCCGCAUACACCUACCGCCAACGUUUCCACUCCCACAGUCGUCAAGCCUUUACGAUCGGCUUCAUCGCUACAGCCCUGUUCCAGGUCUCGUUGAUCUACAAGGUUAUUUACACGUUUUACCCUGCCGCGCAGAACUCAACGGUGGUCUAUUUCUUGUUGAUCCCAGUCUUGGAGAUUACUGCCCUAGGCUUUUUGUGUACUGACCUUCAAGCCCACUUCCGUGGUGGAGAAUCGGCGUACCACCACAACAACGAUAUCGAGAUUGUUGCGCCUGCUGCUUCCAACGGUGCUGCUGCUCAGCCUACUGGUUAUUACCCUAUCCACCAGCAACAGCAACAGCAACAGCACCAGUACUAG